UUAUUCUUUGCCGCUUUUGCGCUGUCAACAGUGAUCAUGUUACUUUGCCAAGCCGCCGUCACCCUUCGCGUGUGGUAUCUUUUUUCUCACAACGUAAUCGUCCGCACCGUUGCCGUGGGCGCCCUCUGCGCCAGUACAGCAGCUUCGUUUGCCAUGCUCCCCAUGUUCUUGGGGAGCAUCGAGAAACUCUUUACCUCCGGUUCGCCAACCCGUUUACAAAUUCCUGGACAAAUCGUGUGGCUUUGCGUUCCCGCGUUGAUCGUCCAUACUCUCUUGUUUGCUUUGAAAGUCUAUCGGUUCGCACAAGGCUGGAAAUCACUUCACGUGGAAGCACCGUUGCGCAGAUUUUUCAAAGAGGGGAUGCUGAUGUAUGCGUUCGCGAUGGGAUCGCUCGUCUUCUCAAUCAUAUGCCUUUCGUUCACCGCUCCUUCUCAGCUACCGGUGCGUACCAACGCUUUUCCGCUGAAUUUUUUUCUGUCUUCCAGCUUCCCCACAGCAGCAGUCGUUGUGGCCGUGUCUCGCGCCAUGCUCAGUAUACGUUCAUUGGCAGCCACGUUCCAUGUCGAUCCAGAGUGGCUCCUUAACCAUGCUGAGAUGAGCCGGCUACCAUUACGCGAGGGACUGAACAAGAGUGAGUUCUGUGUUGAGAUCUACACCGACUGA